AAAAGGACAAUGUGCCUAAGAGCGGUAACGACGAGAAGCAUAAGAAGGAUGGAGACGGCAAGCAGGCGAAGUCGGCUACGGAGGCAGCUGCUGGCACCGUCGACCCGCGACAGAAGCGCAAGGCCAUGAAGAAGAACAAACGGCAUGAUGGGGGGCGAGAAGUGACGGACCCGGUAACACACAUGCCCAUCGUCAUCUACGACAAAACCGACAAGGACCUCAAUUCAGCACCCGAAAACGAGCCUGAGGUCGGCACGAAGCACGAAAACGCGACUGGUCCACAAGGCGCGUCCAAGUCGGAAGAGGAACUCGAAGCGGAGAGGCGGGAUUCACAAAGAAGCCAUAACGGCAUGCAGAAGGUGUUUCCCCCGCCAGACUUCGAAUACAUGCGAAAGGAGUUGGCCAAUGUCUAUCAGCAAGCGCUAUACACUGGCCUAGGUGUCAUCGGUGUCGUGGCUGCUGUUCCCUUUGUGGUGGCAUCGUGGAGUGGACGGCUGUACCCACAAUUUUCGAUGUUCUUUGGUCUGACUUGCAUUGUCGCAUCGGGCUUCGGAGUCGCCGCAGGCUUGGGACAGUGGAUGAGAAAAAAGGCGAACGAGGUAUUUGACGAUGAGGUGUGGGAUGCCGCCCGGCGGGAAGAGUUCGCCGCUGUUGAUUCGGAUGCUGAGUUGCCCGAAUCGGUGCAGUGGCUAAACUCCCUAUUUGCGGCCAUCUGGCCCCUCGUCAAUCCCGAUCUCUUCUCCUCUUUCAUCGACACUAUUGAAGAUGUCAUGCAGGCAUCACUUCCCAAGUUCGUCAAAAUGGUCAGCGUCGAUGACAUGGGUCAGGGCAAUGAGUCGCUACGUAUUCUUGGCGUGCGCUGGCUGCCGACGGGGGCUGCGGGCCAGACAGUUGGUGCCGACGGACAACUCCAGGAUCCUGGCAAGGCCACCGAAAGCGAUCGUACGGAUCCUGAGAAUGGGCAAGAGCAGUCGAGUAAUAAUGGCGGGAAAGAUGACAACGCAGGCGACGACGCCAGUAAGCACGAUGGCCAAGACCAAAGCGCCAUACGUGAAGGCAUGGAGGCCGAAGAAGGUGACUUCGUCAAUAUGGAGCUUGCCUUUUCAUACCGCAGCCGGUCGUCGGGCAAAUCCAUGAAAGAGAAGGCUAAGAACGCUCAUCUUUACCUGAAGUUCUACCUACCUGGUGGUAUUGCGGUGCCUGUUUGGGUAGAGCUCCGUGGUAUCAUUGGCAUAAUGCGGAUGCGGCUGCAACUGACGCCCGAUCCACCCUUUUUCAGUCUCUGUACCUUGACUUUCUUAGGUCAACCCAAGGCUAACUUGUCAUGUGUGCCGCUGUCCAAGCAUAGCUUGAACCUCAUGGAUGUGCCCUUGAUUUCUUCCUUUGUACAAUCUGCCAUCGAUGCCUCCUUGGCCGAGUUCGUGGCCCCCAAGAGCCUGACGCUAAAUCUCAAAGACAUGCUUGUGGGAGAGGAUUUCAAGAAAGACACCAUGAGCAAGGGCGUCGUUUGGAUACUUAUCAAGCGAGCGCGUGGCUUCACCCAGGGCGAUGGAAAUAUCGUCUCCUCGCAAGGCACAAGCGAUAGCUAUGUCACUGUCAGUUGGGGCAAAUUUGGCAAGCCGGUUGCCUCGACUCGCAUCAUUGAAGAUGACCAAGAACCCGACUGGCACGAGUGGGCCAGCAUCUUGGUCUCACCCGAGGAGCUUAACGCUGAGGAGAAAUUGCGUCUGCAACUAUGGGAUUCCGACAAGUGGACCGCAGAUGAUGACUUGGGCAGAGUCGAGCUCGACUUGAAGGAUUUGAUGAAUAACCCAGAGAGCCACAACAAAAUACAGGAGCGAGAGGAUCGUUUCCACGGGCAGGACCCCGACGAGAAUAUGCCUGGGACACUUACAUGGUCCGUUGGCUACUUCUCCAAGACGAGAAUCACUCAACAGCAACUUGACCAGCAGACCGUCAACGAAGAGAUACGAUCCAAGGAUGCGCUUAAGAAGCAUGUUUCCGAAGCGGCGGAGCAUAAACUCCGCGAGGCAGGCAAGGCUGCCGAUGACGAUGAGCUCCAUCAGCAAAAGGCCCAAGACUUCAAAGAGCUCGAGGACUCCAUGAUCAUCUCUGCACCACCGUCUAACGAAUUUACUUCUGGUAUCCUGAGCGUACAGAUUCACAACAUAACUGGACUCGAAGUGCACAAUUUGCAGAAACAGGACAAAGGCAAGAAUGAUGCCGAUGAAGACAGCGAAGAACAGGCAGAACAGACUGACGAUAUGCCGGAUUCAUACUGCACGAUCAUAUUGAACCACAGGAAGAUUUAUCGCUCGCGCACGAAACCAAAGAACUCGAAGCCAUUUUUCAAUGCGUCCACGGAACGCUUCAUCAAAGACUGGAAGACCACCGAGGUUAUCAUCAGCGUUCGAGAUGCUCGGGAGCGAGAAGAGGAUCCCUUGAUCGGCAUCGUUUACCUGCCCCUGGAAAAGGUACUCGCAAAGAAAAGUCAGGUCAUGAACAACUUUCCGUUGGUGGGUGGUAUCGGUUAUGGAAGGGCGAGAAUCAGCAUGGUAUGGCGGAGCGUUGAGGCCAAACUCCCCCCGCAGCUCCUUGGGUGGGAUUACGGCACCAUCGAGAUCCGGGGCACAAUCAAGGCCAAGGAUGGCUUGCUCGACAACAUGAAGCAGCAUCGAAUCAAGAUACGCACCAACCUCGGCCGCGCUAAGAUGUAUGCCGACAACGGGGAGUGGACGAAAAAGGAUAAAGAGGACGAUAGUGUGUUCCUCCCUCUUCGCAAGCGAUAUGCAUCGCCCUUGAUCAUCGAGUUCCGCGAGUCCUCCUUCGGCCCUGACAAGACACCCGCCUUUGCCGUGCUGUGGCUGCACGAGCUUAUCGAUGAGAGAGAGGAGGUACAUUCAUUGAAGGUGUGGAACGGCGGCAAAGAAAAUCUCCGUAAAGCAGAGUCAUGCUAUGGAUACAACGGGCUCAAAGAGGGCGAACAACCAUUGGGAGAGGUCGAGGUCCCGUUGAAGUUCUGGCGCGGACUUUCGGGAUACCACAAGGCAUAUGCUGCCAAGGUCAAAAACGGCGAUUUGCGGAACGUGAUGGAAUGCCUCGAUACGAUCUCCGACGAAAGUCUUGGCGAUGAGGUAGAUGUGAUAGAUUCUGACUCUGAUUCCGAGCAAAGCGAUGAGCGGAGCGGUGAUAAUAAGGCCAAGAAGAAGCUCAAAGUCCACACCAACGACUCAUCAUCAUCAUCCGAGGACUCCAAUGACGACGGGAAGCGAGGACUAAAUUCCGUCGUAUCGCUCUCCGCAUUUAAAAAGGCGAAGAACGUGCUUCGCAACCCCAUCGACGGCGGGGUAGACACGGCCACCUCGGUGCUGGCACCGGGUCAUAACGACUCGGAUGACGGAUCCAGGGGAAUACGGAACUCGCUACGGGAUUAUAAGGAUCACCACAAGCAGCUGCACCGCAAACACCGCGGCAUCAUGCAGUUCCGCGCUGCGAGGGAGGUCGACCACCUCGGUAGCAAGUUCAGCCGCAUGAAGGGGAAUGUUAGCGGAUUUUUUCAUCAUAACGAUAAGGAUGCGGGAAUUGAGACGGAGGUGUAAUGGGUUGAAGGGCUGGUUAUGUGUAGGUAGUAUGAGGUACGAUAUAUAGUUAUGAACUGUGCUCGGGGAGAUCAGCUGCACAUUUCGCGACAGCGAUAGUAUCGCGCAAGGUGCUGCGCAAUUCUGGACGACAGCGGGGGUGAAUGAGAGCCACGGGAAUUAGCGAUGAACCUGCUGCCACGAGAGAGAGAGAGAUUGAGGGACAUUUAAAUCGAGUUCCCUCUAUAGUUACUGGUCGUCUCUGGAUAAGGGGUAGUACGGGCACCUUGGAGCCCAUCGGACGAUCCUACUUCCCAUUCAAGUACUUCUACGCCGA